GAUGUUGUUGGGACACUCCACCGCGUCAGUGGUUUAGUGGUAAGAUCCGUCGUUGCCAUCGAUGGGCCCUGUGUUCGGUUCGCGGCUGACGCAUCUUAUUCUCUGAUGUUUGCGAUUGUCUCCCCCGUUGUUAUUCGUUUGGUGUUUUCCGUCCUUCUAUCCGGAUUGAGCUUUUCUUUCUCGCGUUCCCCUGAUCAACGUACUGUUUACCUAGCACCGGUUGCUGUGCCAACGCCGCCGCCGAGCUUCAUGUUGAAAACAGCACCGCUGACUCAGGUUUCCUUCCAGGGGAAUAUGUCUGUCGCACAACACCGUGAUGCAAUAUGUUACGUAUAAUGACACCCAAGAUGACCAAACCCGGUAGGUAGCAGUGUACUUCCCAGUCGACGCCAAAACACCCAACAUGCCCAAGUAUAAAACAUAAAAGCCAACUCCCAAAAUG